CGCGAGGAGGGAUUUACGAGGAAUAUAUAAGAAGGCAAUAACCGCCUUCAUCAUAAGGCGGCGCAGCGUGCAGUUACGCAGGGUGGAUGACAUACAUUUAUAGUAUCGUAUUAUUAGCAUUUAAUUUCAUUAUAUAGUAUUAUAACUUGACCGCGGCGAGAGUGAAGAAUGCAUUCUUGCAAUUACUGCGUCGUAAAGACCUCGGGAGACGGCACCGAGCUGGGAGACGGUGGCGAUGGCGGCAAAGUGGCGGCGAUAGUCGCCGCGGGGCGGCCUCCGAGCGACGAAGUCCCCGCGGAGAAGCGCGACGAGGCGCUCCUCUACGGCCUCGAGGAUCGGCCGCCCAUCCUCCUGUGCAUCGUCCUCGGAUUCCAGCACUACCUCCUCGCGUUCGGCGGCAUCAUCGCCAUCCCACUCAUCCUGGCCGAGCCGCUGUGCGCGGGCGGCGACGACCUCGUCAAGGGGCUCCUCAUCAACACGAUGUUCUUCGCGUCGGGGCUCGCCACGCUGCUGCAGACCACGCUGGGCACGAGGUUGCCCAUCCUGCAGGGUGGCAGCCUGAGCUUCGUGGCUCCGGCCUUUGCCAUCCUCGCCCUCCCCGAGUGGCGGUGCCCGGCGCUCAACGGCACGGAGGCCGCCCACGGCGCCGCGCGGCCCAGCGACCCCGAGGUGUGGCAGCCUCGCAUGCGGGAGCUGCAGGGCGCCAUCAUGGUCGCGUCGCUCUUCCAAGUGGCGCUGGGCCUCACGGGCGCCAUGGGACCGGCCCUGCGCCUCAUCGGGCCGCUGUCCAUCGCGCCCACCAUCACCCUCAUCGGCCUCUCGCUCUUUGGGGAGGCCGGGCGCAAGAGCGGCGGCCACUGGGGAAUCGCGUGCCUGACCGUGGCCCUGAUCGUGCUCUUCUCCCAGUACCUGCGCGACGUCGCCGUGCCGGUGCCGGGGUUCGUCGGGGGGCGGUGCCGUGUGGUGAGGUACCCCGUCUUCAAGAUGUUCUCUGUGCUGUUGGCCAUGUGCAUCUCGUGGCUGCUGUGCUACAUCCUCACGCUGACGGACUCGCUCCCAGCAGAGCCGGGCGCGCCGGGUCACCUCGCCAGGACCGACCUCCACCUGCAGGCCAUCCAGCACGCGCCAUGGUUCCGCGUUCCCUACCCAGGGCAGUGGGGCGCGCCGACGCUGGGCGCCGCGUCCGCGCUGGGCAUGCUGUGCGGGGUGGUCGCCUCGGCGCUCGAGUCCGUGGGGGACUACGCGGCGUGCGCGCGACUCGCCGGGGCGCCGCCGCCGCCGGCGCACGCCGUGAGCCGCGGCCUCGCGGUCGAGGGUCUCGGCUGCCUGCUGGCCGGGUCGCUGGGCACGGGCAACGGCACCACCUCGUUCAGCCAGAACAUCGCCGCGCUGGGCAUCACCAGGGUGGGCAGUCGGCUGGUGCUGCAGGUCAGCGGAGUCAUCCUCGUGCUGAUGGGGGUCUUCGGGAAGUGUGGAGCCGUCUUCAUCACCAUCCCCGAUCCCAUCAUCGGCGGCAUGUUCCUGGGCACCUUCGGGAUGAUCGCCGCCGUGGGCAUCUCCACCCUGCAGUACGCAGACAUGAACUCGUCCAGGAACGUGUUCAUCGUUGGCCUGUCCAUCUUCUCGGGUCUGUCCAUUCCAGCCUGGCUCAAGGAGAACCCCGGGGCCAUCAACACCGGGGUGGCGCCGAUCGACCAGACGCUCACCGUGCUGUGCACCAUGAGCAUGUUCGUGGGAGGAUUCCUCGGCUUCGUCCUCGACAACACCGUGCCCGGCACCGUGGAGGAGCGUGGCCUGCUGGCGUGGAGGAGCCACGGGCGAGGCGACCCGCACGGCACCCAGGACGGGGCCGCGAUGCGCGUCUACGACCUGCCGCUCGUCGCGCCGCUGCUGCGCAAGUGGACGUGGCCGCGCCGCGUCCCCGUCUGCCCGACCUUCGGGCAGAGGCCGGCCGGCGCGCCGGUCGCCGUGGGGACGAACUGCGCCGUGUAGCCGUGGCGACGGCGGCGGGGCACCCGGCUGGGAGGAUGGAUCGGCGACGGCGUGGGAUUACCAGAAAACGAAUUCUACGAUUUGUUGUUGUUGUUGCCAAGUGAAGCCCACUGAGCGACGUAGCUCUUUUUCACGAGCCAACUGGCCACAAGUGACAGCUCAACGAAAUGGCUCACCAUGUAUGGGAAUUUAUAGUCGCUGCCAAAUAAUCUAAACGCACAUUUUAAAUGUGGAGGGAUAAAACGCAAACUCCAAAUAUACAGGCAUUGUCAGAGUCUGAAUCAAACCCACUCCCUCCGGCAUACCAGGCGAGGGAGAUAACAUCUCCUAGCCCCCACGGCGCCCCAGCUUCAGCCAAAUCGAGCCAAGCACGGUGUGUUGAUCACAUGACCUCGGUGCUGUGACGUCACAUCGCAAACCACGCAAUUGGGAUCACACAACAGCAGCAGCAGCGACAUCGCCCCCCUACUGCGAAAAAUUGGCAGAAUCCUCCUGAAAAAGUUUCCUUGGGACUCAGUGAGGCCUUCCUAGGUAAACGAGCGUAUUAGUCAACGUAAUACUGUAGCUCUUUUCAUAGAUGAAUACAGAUUGUGUGCUUGUGUAUUACAGAUUAUAUAUUGCUGUUUUACAUGUCCAAAUAAAUAAUAUUUUUUGUUCAUCUCAAUCAGUCAACUAACAGGACCCUGCGGGGUGGGCUGGUAGGAAUAAUACUUAGUACCGGUACAGAGAUAUCGACCGGGUAUAGAGGAGUUAAAGAAAAAAUUACUGUAUUCUAGUGUAACGUUAAUUAAAAGUGUUUGUUUUGACAAGAAA